GGUGGUGGUGGUGGAGACGAGGGUGGUGCGCCUCUUCUCUCCCUGGGAACCAUUUUUAGGGCGCGCAGAUGGCCCUCUGCUAGAGAAUCAUUUUGGGGGUGCCCGAAGACACGAAGACGGCGGGCCCGGGAUCCCACCUUUUUCCCGAGCAUCGUCGGCGUCCCUGAGCGCCCCGCUUUACUAAGGACCUGGAGAAGCUGAAGAGCUCCCAGUGGAGAGAACCCGCAUUGGGAGAAGCCCCAGAGCUUCCCACCGAGGCGUUCUAUCGAAAGGAUUCCACGGGUCUUUAGACUGGGGGGGAGCAGGAUCUAGCCAUCGUUAGGAAUAAUGAAUCCUGAGAUUCUCAUCUUAGAAGACCGUCCAAAAAUCAUCAUCGGUCAUGAUGAAACUCUCUCAGACCUCCUGAACCAGUUGUACCCUUUAGAAACAGUGAAUCCUGAGAUUCUCAUCUUUGAAGACCAGUCAGAAAUCGAAGACCAGUCAGAAAUCUUCAUCUGUCAUGAUGAACCUCCCUCAGACCUCCAGGGUCAGAUGUACCCCUCAGAAACAGUGAAUCCUCAGAUUAUCAUCUUCGAAGACCAGUCAGAAACCGAACACCAGACAGAAAUCUUCAUCUAUCAUGAUGAACUUCCCUCAGACCUCCAAGGCCAGAUGUACCCCUCAGAAACAGUGAAUCCUCAGAUUAUCAUCUUCGAAGACCAGUCAGAAACCGAACACCAGACAGAAAUCUUCAUCUAUCAUGAUGAACUUCCCUCAGACCUCCAAGGCCAGAUGCACCCCUCCGCAAGUCCAAUACAACUCAACAAUCUGGCCAGAAGCUGGGAGAAUCAGGAAGAGCCAGAGAUGGGUUUUGUCUACAGCCAGCCAGCUGAAAGGAGUCACUGGAUGCCCCAGGCGUGUCUUCUGGAUGAAGCACCCUUUCAGCCACUCCAUCAGGAUAAUGCCCUGAUUUCCCCAGCAGACCACACAAGGCACUUCCCAGCCCCAAGAGGCAUAGAUCAUGCUCUGAUGCUACAAGAUUCUGAGGACAAGAAACUGGACUCCAGCCAGAUGGUCUUCCAGAACCGACACCGAAUAUUUGCCUCCUUAAUACAAAGUCGAAGGCGGCGCUUCAGCAAGCUCCGGUCCACUGCCAGGAGAAGACUCACUUAUAACCUUUGAUUGGUCCUUCCCCAGCUGAUCCCGAAGACGCCUGGCCCAAGGCCGGCAGCCUUUGCCUAAUACUGACUAUGGCACCCUCACUUAGUCACUUCCUCUUCCUAGGCCUGUUUUCCUGCCCUCCAAAAUGAGAGGCUUCCACUCAGUGUUUCUUGAGCUCCCAGACUGCUCUCAACCUCUAAUUCUUUGUAUGCCUACAUCCGAACAUUGUUUAAUAAACAGAUUAUUCUCAUGG